AUGUGCACCUUUGUGUGGACGUCGUGGAUGACCUGCCAGGCCGAGCCCAGGCACCGGGUGCUGCAGAGCAUCUGCUUCUGCGGCGACGCCCGGCCGCGCUCGCGGGACGACCAGAGGCGGUACAUGCCGGCGCGCCUGAUCGGGAGGGAGGUGCCCGAGAGGCUGAGGAGGCUCGCCUGCGACGACAGGAGGCACGCCACGCGGCCGCAGCGCGCCUGCCACGCCUGCCGCGUCUGCGCGAGCCUCCCGCUCGACUCGGACGACCUGCCGCUCUAUGACCCGGACCGGCGGCGCCUUGGCUUCCAGAACGGCCACGGGAACAUUAGGAGCACCCCUCCUUCCGCUGCCACUGCCGCCGCGUGUGGUCAUAAUAACAUGAGCGCUGUCAGGGCCAGCAACAUGAUUGUUCCUGUCCAGGCUAACAAUAGCAUCGGUCCCGUCAAGCCCAACGACAUGAUUAGUCCUAUCAUGACCAACGACACGGUCAGUCCGGUCAGGACCAACAAUUACCCGAGCCCUGCCAAGACCAAUGCUCCUGUCAAUGGCAAUGGCGAUGUCAGCCCUGUUAGUUCCAUCGCGAGCGCCGAUAUUGACGAUAAUGUCAGCCCCCUCAGCAGCGACGAUGAGACAUGGCAGGUGGCAGUUGCAGCAUGGGAGACGGUAAACAGUGAACCCAGCCAUGUGCAGGUCAGAACCGUAGCGGAGUGGUAUCGGGGUGGGACCCCCUCGUGCAUCAUGACCCGCCUGAAUGCGGAGUGGGCUGCAGGUUGGGCCCAGUGGGGCGGAAACCCAAGCCGCCUGGCAACUGCUGGGACCCUGGCACGUGCUGUUGACCCUGUGCCGGAGGAACAAUCAUGGAAGGGCGGAAGCAUGCAGAAGAACCAAGACCAGACGCUAACGAUUGUCGGGCACAACAUGCUUCCACAUUAAGAAUUGGCCUACUGUACUCGACCCUCGACCCUCGACCCCUGUUCCUAAUUCCUGUUCCUGGUCGAGUCACUGCUGCACGUCAGCUGUGCUUUUUCUCUUGGGGCAGCAGCAGACACCAAAAUAACCAACCAGCCAUUGUUCAGCUUUGUGUCUCCUCUCUCUUGGCUAAACGAAGCGGGGAAGUUCUCGGUUAAAAAAUGAAGGCGGAGGAGGAGUCGGCCGCCAGCCCGCCCCAACGCUAGUGCUCAUGUGGCAGCCCAGUCGAGUCGUGCAGGGGUCAUGGCCAGAUCGAUAAUCCUUCCCUCGACCUCAUGGUGUGCCCUGGCGGGGACGACGGCGAGGCAAGCAGGCAGGAGGCAGCCGCCAGAUGCGGAGUGAAUUGCACGCACCACUGAGUUGAGGGUAUCAGUCCUGGGUCCUGUCAAAUCAGCCUUGACUUGACCUGCCCUGUACCUUCCCUAAGUCUGGCUGGCUGUUGGCUCGGCUGAGAAAGACUGACGACCCCCGCUCGCAGCAGCAGCAGAGGCCAGCCUCGAAUUGAUCCUCUUUUCGCUUCUUCCCGACGCUGCAAAACAAGACCGAGCAAAACAAAAAGACAAAAAAAUAACUUCCUUGUGCAUCUGGAGCAUUACGCAGCGACUUCGGGUCUCUUUUUUUUUGGACUUUUAUUUGUGU